GCAUAAAUAGUGGGUGACUGACAAACAGAGGUUCAUUUACCUGGAGCUCCCGGUGCCUAGAGGAAGCAAUCUGCCAUGCUGCGCCUUCUGUCCGUGCUUGUCCUGCUUGUGCAGCCCCUGGGGAACCAGGGAGCAGAAAUGAAGACCCUCUCGCAGAGAUCAGUAGCUAACACCUGCACCCUAGUCAUGUGUAGCCCCACAGAGAAUGGCCUGCCUGGUCGUGAUGGACGGGAUGGGAGAGAGGGUCCACGGGGCGAGAAGGGUGAUCCAGGUUUGCCAGGACCUGUGGGACUUUCAGGAAUGCCUGGCCCUGUAGGUCCAGUUGGGGCCAAAGGGGACAAUGGCUCUGCUGGAGAACCUGGACCAAAGGGAGACUCUGGACCAUGUGGACCUCCAGGACUUCCAGGUGUGCCUGGUCCAGCCGGGAAAGAAGGCCCUUCUGGGAAGCAGGGGAACACAGGACCUCAAGGCAAACCAGGUCCUAAAGGAGAGGCUGGGCCAAAAGGAGAAGUGGGUGCUCCGGGCACACAGGGAUCUGCAGGAGCAAAAGGCCCUGCAGGCCCCAAGGGAGAAAGAGGUGCCCCUGGUGAGCGAGGAGCCGCUGGGAUUGCUGGGGCAGCAGGACCUGCAGGAGCUGUGGGUCCACAGGGAGCUCCAGGCUCCAGAGGGCCUCCAGGACUCAAGGGGGACAGAGGUACUCCUGGAGACAAAGGAGACAAAGGUGAAAGUGGGCUUCCAGACAGUGCUGCACUCAGGCAGCAGAUAGAGGCCUUGAAAGGACAGCUCCAGCAUCUAGAGGCUGCCUUCUCUCGCUAUAAGAAAGCCACUCUCUUCCCUGAUGGCCAAAGUGUUGGAGACAAGAUCUUCAGGACGGGGGGCUCUGAAAAGCCUUUUGAAGAUGCCCGAGAGGUGUGCAGGCAGGCGGGGGGGCAGCUGGCCUCCCCACGUUCUGCUGCUGAGAAUGCUGCCAUACAGCAGCUGAUCACAGCCCACAACAAAGCUGCUUUUCUGAGCAUGACAGACAUGGACACAGAAGGCAAGUUUACGUACCCCACAGGAGAGCCCCUGGUGUAUUCAAACUGGGCUCCAGGGGAGCCCAACAACAACGGUGGGGCGGAGAACUGUGUGGAGAUUUUCACCAACGGCCAAUGGAACGACAAGGUUUGUGGAGAGCAGCGCCUUGUCAUCUGUGAGUUCUGAGCCACUGUGGGUAGGAGAAGGGACAAUACUUGACCAGGAGCUUGGCCACUGUGGUACGGCUCAGACCUGUGUGUUGCCAACAUCCUAAUAAAAGGUG